CACGGACUAAGAUGACGAUUUUCGACAUCUUUUUAGUUAUAGAAAGACGUGAAAAGUCGACGACAACGUUCAAUCUUUAAGUUUCAGACUGUACCACCAAGUACUGUUUCUCAUUUUGGUCCCCACGGACGACAACGGUUGCGUUUUUGUGGGACCUAUUUUCUCCUGCGAUGGAUGUGCUGCGCCUUUCUCUCGGUAAAUGCUAGAUUGCACCCGAUGCCCGUGUGGACGUCAACUCGGGCACACUGCGCAGGCGCCAACACCAUUCAGUUGACGUUCCCUGAAGUGUGUGGUUUAAAUGUCCCAAACACUCUUGGUUUCCGGUGUGGUUAAUAAUGUCCCCCCCAAUUUAGGAUCACGUUACUGUUUGAACUUGUUCUGUAGUGUAAUAAUUAGUUUAGAAGCUUUAUUUGAAUUUCUCACAGACGCCUGCGCAGUAUGCUCGUCUUGACGUCGACACGUACAUCGGGUGCGAUCUAGCAUCUACCCUUUCGCUCCCUCUCUCCGCCAUCUUGGAUUUUAAUGUUAAUUUCUUUUAAAAAAAAAUGUGUUUCCUGGGAUAUUUUUGGUUUAGGGUGCCGUGUGCCAAUUUUGGAUUAGUUUGAAGGAGUUUUUAUGUCGUGAUUGUUUUUAUAAAAUCACCUUUGUUUCAACUCUAGACCCCAGUCUUCCCCCCUCGAGAGUGCUUCUUCAUCUCGGAGACUAAAUGCAACUGGACCAGGGGGCUUGUGGGCAUGAAGUGGCUUGGCGAAUCCAAGAACAUGGUGUUGAAUGGCAGACGGCACGGAAACAAGUUGACCGGCGAGCAGCAUGUGAGCCAGACCCGCUCCCAGCACUCCCAGCGGACCUCGCUGCGCCACAACAAGAACCGGAGCCGGCGAUGUAGCCGCAGGUUCAACGCAGCCAGUCUGGAGGCAGAGAGGCGCUACGUGCCCUCCUCGGGAAUGACUGCCAAGGAGUUGUGUGAGAACGACGACCUGACCACGAGCCUGAUCCUGGACCCGUACCUGGGCUUUCAGACUCACAAGAUGAACACCAGAUUUCGACCAAUCAAGGGAAGACAAGAGGAGCUGAAGGAGAUCAUCGAGCGCUUCAAGAAACACGACAACUUGGAGAAAGCUUUCAGAGCGUUGACCACCGGGGACUGGUCCCGAAAUCUGUUCCUCAACAAGACGAAAGCUCAAGAAAAGCUCUUCAAGCAACAUGUAUUUGUGUAUCUGCGGAUGUUUGCCACAGACAGCGGGUUUGAGAUUCUCCCAUGUAACCGCUAUUCAUCAGAGCAAAACGGAGCUAAAAUUGUGGCAACAAAGGAAUGGAAGAGAAACGACAAGAUCGAACACCUGGUGGGAUGCAUCGCUGAGCUUUCAGAGAGCGAGGAGAACAUGCUGCUCCGGCACGGCGAGAACGACUUCAGCGUCAUGUAUUCAACCCGCAAGAACUGUGCCCAGCUCUGGCUGGGACCCGCUGCGUUCAUCAACCACGAUUGUCGACCAAACUGCAAGUUUGUGUCGACGGGACGGGACACCGCCUGCGUGAAGGUUUUGAGAGACACUGAACCAGGAGAGGAAAUCUCGUGUUACUACGGAGACGGGUUUUUUGGGGAAAACAAUGAAUUUUGUGAAUGCUACACUUGUGAACGACGCGGCACUGGUGCUUUUAAAUCCAAAGCUGGCCUGCCGGUGGAAGUGCCGGUGAUCAACAGCAAGUACGGGCUGCGGGAGACGGACAAGCGUCUCAACCGGCUGAAGAAGCUGGGGGAAGGAAACCGGAGCUCCGACAGUCACUCUGUAGGCUCCCACACCGACGUGGACUCUCAGGAAAUGCCAAAAACACAUCAAUCAGCUGCCAGAAAAAGAACAUCAUCGUCUGGCCUGAAGUAUAAAAACAGGACUCAAUCGAGACAGACUAUGUCAAGAGCCCUUACUACCUCAUGUUCAAAACAAGGUCGUGUAAACAAUAACAGGGUACCAAAGAGACUAAAAUCCCAAUCCAAGCCUUCACUAAGUAAAGUCCAGUUGCGGAGUCGCAGGAGGGGUGCAGAGCCCAAGGCGUUGGCCAAGGGAGAGACUUGCCAGCUGGGUCUCAGGGACUCAAAGGUGUCGCUUUGUAAAGGUGUCACCGUGAAGAAGGAGAAGGCCGGGCAGGAGCUGGUGCAGCAGACAUUAGGCCAGCGGGGCUGCCUCACCCGUCACGCUGCCAAGGAAAAUGGCAAUCUACCGCACGGGCAAGGCAGCGAGGGCAGCCAGUGUUCCACGUACAGAACUCGCAGGUCCACAAGGACCCUUGUAAAAGCCCAGGAAACGGCAGCCGGCGUUAAGCUGGAGCCCAGUGCUAUGGACGGCUUGAGCCCAGUCCCUGGUGGAGUGGUCAUUAAAACAGAGCCAGCCGACAUGGAGGAGUACCUGAGCCACGGAGUAGGCCUGGAGCAGCCGGCUCUGGACCCCGGCUAUGCCAGAAGAGGCUCGUGCACCAGGCGAAAACGGCUGGCGCGGCUCAGGACCGAGAGGACGAUCAAAUGCGAGGACUCGUACGGCGAGCCCUUCAUGCCGGUGGCUGCCGGCCACGCCGCUAACUUCUCAGACUGCGGCAACGUGCUGCUGAGCUUCACCGACCGGCACAGGGACUACAACGGGGUUUCCAACGGCAGCAAGUCCCUCCGCAGGGACAAGGGUAAGAGUGGCUGCCGGUCGCAGGACAAAAGCAAGAAGAAGCGUCAGAUCACGCGGUACGACGCUCAGCUGAUCCUUGAGAACAACACGGGCAUCCCCAAACUGACGCUCCGCCGGCGGAGGGACAGCAGCAGUAGCAAGACCAACGACGCCAACGACCCCGUCGGCUCCUCCCACCUUUCUGCCUCCGCGGUCAACUCGGCCUCGAACAGCAAAAUCAGCAUCAAGUUCAGCAAGGACCGCGACAAGGACAAAGGUAGCUCGUACAUCGCCAAGCUGAACAACGGCUUCGCCCCCGGGGUCCACGGCAACUCCACCAAGCUGAAGAUCCAGCUGAAGAGGGAGGACGACGCGCGGAGGAUACCCCAGACAAAGCCGGACCAGAUGUCCUACAACGGGGACACGGGCCAGAGUCUGGAGGGCCGGCACGGCGGACAUCGGACCCAAAAGGUCCUUGCCGAGCCGUCGUCGUCCGACGAGGACGACGAAGACGGCGACGACGAGGAAGAGGAGGACGACGACGACGACGACGACGACGACUACUUUGACAAUGAGUUUGAAGACGAUUUCAUUCCGCUUCCUCCUGCAAAGCGCCUCCGACUCAUCGUGGGUAAAGACUCCAUAGACAUCGAUAUCUCCUCCAGGAGGAGGGAGGAUCAGUCCCUGAGGCUCAAUGCAUAAGCUGUGGAGCUCAUCACUCCCGACGUUCCCUCUGUAAAUAAAGAUGAUGACUCGCUGAUCAACUGUUGUGUUGAUGUAAAAGAAGAAACAGUAAUUUAAAAACAAAACAA